AUGAUAAAAGAAUACUUAUAACUAGAACCUUCGAAAUUAGCAAGAUAUCGUUUACUUACUGUAAUGUUGACAAUUAUAUGGUUAUGUCAUCUAUUUGCUUGUUUAUUCUUUUUUGUUGGAAGACGACAAUUAGGAAAGCAAUUAAGGAAUGUAUCAUGGUUGAAUAGUUGCGAUGUAGUUAUAAUGAAUGGUGGAUAUGAAGAUAUGCCAAUCUCUGAAUUGCAUUUAUAUUCAUUUUAUUGGGCUGUAACAACAAUGAUAUCAGUAGGAUAUGGUGAUGUUACUCCUAUGAAUUUCUGGGAAGUUUUUGUGACAGUCAUUACAUAAUUUAUAUCUUGCAUUGUAUUUGCCUAUUCAGUUAAUGCUAUUUGGGAAAUGAUUUAUUCAUAGAAUGAAAGCAAACAAAAAUUUCAGUAUAUAAAUAUUUAUUUUAUUAUAGAAAAUAUGUUAAUGCUAUCUAAAGAUUUAUGGUAAAACAUAAUGUUGAUAGAAAAUUGAAAUCACGUAUUGAAGCCUAUCUAUUUCAUUUAUGGUAAACUGAAAAAGCUAGAGAUCAUGAAUUAGAACAAGCUAUGAUACUUAAAUUAGCACCUGCUUUAAGAGAAGAAUUGAUUUAUUAAACUUUAGGUAAAAUGCUCAGAUAAAGCAAUUUCUUCUCCUAAUUCACAUAAGAUUUUCUUAUGGAAUUGGCAUAAUAAAUUUAAUAACAAUAUUAUUCCUAAGAAGAAAAUAUCUUUAUUGAAAGAGAAGAGAUUGAUGACUUUCCUUUAUAUUUCUUAGAAAAAGGAUAGAUAGAAAUCUUUUUAGAUAGUGGAAAAAGAAUCAAAUUACAUAUCAUGAAAUCUGGGAUUUUUGGUAUUAUUGGAUUUAUUACUGGACACAAAAGAACUGCAUCUGCACGUUGUUUGACUUAUUCAGUCAUUUAUAAACUAUCGAGAAUAUAAUUUAUUAAUUUAUUAGAUAAAUACGAAAGUGAUCGAUAAAAAUUCUAUGAAAUACGUCACAAUAUAUUUUUCAAUAAUGAUUAUUAGAAUUUAAAAUUAAGAUGUUAUAUUUGUGAAAGUAGAAGUCAUUUAGCAAUUAAUUGUAAAAGAACUCUAUAUCUUCCAAUAAAAAAUUAAAUUAUUUAAUCAUAUUACAAUGUAUAAAAUAAUAGAGAAUCAAGUUUUAAAAGAAGAAUAGUAAAAUAAUAAUUUAAAGCUCUAUCUCACAUUCGAGAAGUUUAAGUGAAUGCAUUAGCAAUAAAAAAGUACUUUUAAAUAACAACAUUUAAUUUGGAUUCAAAUGAUGAAGAUGAUGAAUAUAGUUCAGAUGUAGAUGAUUAUGAAGAAGAAAUUGAAAAUAUAAAAAAAAUAGUUGAAUAAGAAAAAGAAAAAGCAUAAUUCAAAUAAAGAGGACAAUGGUUAGCUGAUGAUAAUUAUGAGAUGAAAAUAUAUGAAAAUAAAGAUAAUUAAAGUAAAGAUAAUUAAAGUAACGAAUAAUCAGAUUAUUUACAAAGGUCUUAAGUAAAUAUAAAGAAUUCUGAAGAAGAAUAAAAAAAAAGUAAAAAAAAAAAGAAGUUUUAAAGUUUUGUAAAAUUACCAUUACCAAAAAAAGUUAGAACUUCGUCAAUGUCUAGUUUAACUCCUAUUUAAGAAUAAAUAAAAAAAGUUGGAAAGAUAUAAAAUAGUCAAUCUCCAACUGCUAUUUAAAUUUAAAGGAGGAAAAGUAAAUUACUAUAAGGUUAUGAAGUAAAUGAUAAAUAAAUUGAUAAAAUUGCAUCUCCAGAUAGAUAAAUUAAUAAUGAUUAAAAGAAAUAGGAGUUACUGAGAAAAAUGAAAUUUCUGUAAAUAGCCUAACCUAGAAAUAAGGAAGUCUAAUUAAUCAUUGAUGAAUUAAUGUAAUAUUAUCAAAUCUUUAAUUUAGGAAUUAUAUCUCUAAUAGUUAAAGUCAUAAUUAACCUUCAAAAGUUGAAAAUGAAUCCAAUACUAAUGCUAAUGCUAAUUCAGAUGUUGAUAGUUAAUUUAGUAUUGAUCAUAUGGCUAAUUAUGAGUGUUUCUUUUAAGAAGAAAAUCCUGAAAAAGUUAUACGUAAAUAUAAGAGAAUCUUUAAAGAAAGAGUCAAAUAGAGAAGGACAACCUUAAUUAGAUAUUAGGAUGAUUGA